CUCAGGUGCCCAUCGCCUGUAAUGAAUUAACUUCUCUCUUUGGCUUCCAGUCCGUAGGAAAGUAGAGAGAGAAGGGCCACUCAGUCAGAGGAGGAACCCUCUGCAUCGCUGGGUGGAAAUGACGCUGGGCACUCCUCACAAGAGAAGUUUCUUCAUAGCGAAGUUUCCUUCCUUCCCUUUUUAUCGGCGCUCGCUUGCAGGGUGUGUCCCCCCAAAACGUAUGCGCACACUUGGGGUGAUUUUAUAAAGGCAGUGUUCAUGAAAACACAAUUCGUUCUCAGGAUUGAGCCGUCCGCGGUGGCGGUGGGUGUGUGUUUUUGUCGGGGGACGCACACACCCUGUAUUUUGACAUCCGCCGCCGCUGCCAGCGGUGAGCGUCGGGUUCCACGUAGCAAACUGCUGCGCUUAUUUCUUCACCCUGAGCCUCCGGCGGGCGUCCAGCUCUUUGUGAAGCGAGGAUUUGCUGGAUGCAUCUCAACACGAGAGCGGUGGCUGUUGUAGCAAAACACAGCCAAGCGUGCGUGGCAUCGGGGAAGAGAGAGAGAGGCCUGUCGGCCGAGCACAGAAGCAGCUUUUCUUGGCUUGAUGAGCAAAACAUAGAAAAAGGCAGCAGUUUGUCACUCGCGAAGUCGGUGUAUGUUCCAGCUCUCGGUGCCCCAGCGUCGGGGACAACAGAUCACCCCGCUUUGCUCUAGAAUUUUAGGGCCGCAGGGGACCGUCGCUAGACCACCACCAUCCUGCUCCAGAUGCGGGACGGGCGUUUCUAAUCGUCGGGAGUCGUCUCAUCUUGGGAAAACAAUUUUAAGACUCUCCAAACCUCCAUCCUCCUGGAUAUAAAAUGGGGAUAAUGAUCUCUCCCGACCGCUCACGGAGGGAGUUGUGAAGCACCACCUUAGGCCCAGAGAGAAAAUGCCGUCGCCGGAAGAGCGAUGACGGGGACACGGUGGUCGUGGUCGAGAAGGACCACUUCAUGGACGACUUCUUCCACCAGGUCGAGGAGAUCAGGAACGGCAUCGCUAAGAUAGCUCAGUACGUGGAGGAAGUAAAGAAAAGCCACAGCAUCAUCCUGUCCGCACCGAACCCCGAGGGAAAAAUAAAAGAGGAGCUUGAAGAUCUGAACAAAGAAAUCAAGAAAACGGCUAAUAAAAUCCGAGUCAAGUUGAAGUCCAUCGAGCAGAGCUUGGAGCAGGAUGGGAACACGCCCCGCACGUCCGUGGACGCCCGGAUCCGGAGGAGCCAGCACUCCGUGCUCUCCCGGAAGUUCGUGGACGUGAUGACCGAGUUCAACGAAGCCCAGACGGUCUUUCGGGAUCGCAGCAAGGGGCGCAUCCAGCGGCAGCUGGAGAUCACCGGGAAGACGACCACGGACGAGGAGCUGGAGACCAUGCUGGAGAGCGGGAACCCCUCCAUCUUCACCUCCGACAUCAUCUCCGACUCACAGAUCACAAGACAGGCCCUCAACGAGAUCGAGUCGCGGCACAAGGACAUCAUGAGGCUGGAGACCAGCAUCCGCGAGCUGCACGAGAUGUUCAUGGACAUGGCCAUGUUCGUGGAGACGCAGGGUGAAAUGAUCAACAACAUAGAGAAGAACGUGAUGAACGCGGCGGACUACGUGGAGCAGGCCAAGGAGGAGACGAAGAAAGCCAUCAAGUACCAGAGCAAAGCGCGCAGGAAAAAGUGGAUCCUGGUGGCGGUGGCGGUGGUGCUGGUCGCUGUCGUGGCUCUGAUUAUUGGCUUAUCGGUUGGCAACUGAGGCUGCGGAUGACGCCAGGGUGCAUGCGUCUGCCGCGCGGCAAAAAUGAUGUGCAUUGUUAUUUGUGUAAUUAUUUUGCUUGUGAUCCUUGGAAUUAUCCUAGCAACAACGUUGUCAUAGCAACCGUA